AUGGUCCGGCUUUCAAAGCUCCUCGUGGCGGGCUCCCUGCUGGGCAACGUUCUUGCUGACACAGGCAAUCUCAGCCAGCUCUGCGGUGCCGAGGAAGCUGCUUGCUCUUGCAACUGGGCAGGCAACUCGGAGAGCGUGAACACGACAAAGUCGCUGCGGAGUGGCGCUGUGGAGGCCACCCGGUCCAACACCGGAGGCUGCACCAGUGGUGCAUCGGACUACACCAUCACGGGCUGGAGGACCCAUGUCUGCUCCACAGAAGUCUGUGUCACUGCCGACCCGGGUUUCAUGCUGGACGCCCGGCGGGUCUCCGUACAGGACCUCCAUUGCCGUGGUCGCAGGACGUGCUGCCACGAGCCCUACACCGUGGAUGAACUCCAGGAUGUCGAAGGUGUUCCAGUUCCCGUGAAGGUGCCGGUGAAGGCCUGUGUCAAGGUGGAGGCGGAGGGCAAGAAGGUGAAGGGCGUUCGCGGCCGUGGUGAGUGCAAGAUCACCGCUACCCAGGUCCAUCCGUGA